UCGAAAAAGGAGGAAGAAGAAGAGGAGGACACUGGAUAUCUGGGCCCGGUUUCUCAAACGCAUCUUUAAAGCGUCCAAUGGUUCUAACGGUGAACUUAGCAGUAAGAUGCUUCUGAGAAACCGUUCCUCGAUUUACACUAGAGAGAGACGGGACCUUUGUGGAUCCUCUGGGGAGCCUCAACAACAGCAUGAUGCUGAAGAGACAGAGGAGAGUCUCUCCACAUUAGAACACCUCAAACACCAGCAGAGACCCAGAGGGAAGAAACUUCACCACUGCUCUGACUGUGGGAAGAGAUUCCCCUCUUCAGCUGACCUUAAAAGACAUCUGCGAAUCCACACAGGAGAGAAACCUAAUAGCUGUGAUCAAUGUGGGAAGAGUUUUAGUGUUACAAGCAGCCUGAAAGCACACCAGAAAACACACACAGGAGAGAAACCUUAUAGCUGUGAUCAAUGUGGGAAGAGAUUUUGUGACAUCUAGCAGUCUGACUAUACACCAGAGAAUACACACUGGUGAGAAACCUUAUAGCUGUGAUCGAUGUGGGAAGAGUUU